AUGUCGUAUUUUGCAGAACUGAAUCAAUACGAGGAUAAUAAGGAUUUAUCACCAACCUCAUCACUAGGUUCUUCACCUAGCAGCGGGACCAAACCAAACGCCAAUUCUUUACUAGAUGAGAAAAAUGGUAAAGGGAAUGGAAGCAAGCAAAGAAAUGGAAGAAGAGCUGCUAGAGCAUGUAAAAGUUGUCAUAGUUUGAAGGUAAAAUGUACGCCGGCAGAUGAAAAUAACCCGAAUGGACCAUGUAUGCGAUGUCUUAAUUCGAAGAGAAAGUGUGAAAUUGAUCCCAACCAAACAAGAAAGAGAAGAAAGAAGGCUGAAAUCCAAGAGAGUAAUAAUAAUUUAGUGAAUGUGAUGCAAGAGAAAACUAUUACGAAGUUACAGGAUGAAGUGAAUUCGCUAAAGCGACAAUUGGGCCAGCGACAAGAGGAUGGGGUAGAUCCAGUGUCACCUACUCCAAGUGUAUUUUUGGAAAAAGAGUUAUUGGCGCUUCGUGAUUUCAGUACGUCUAAGUUGAGUGUGUUAACUAGUACUUUAAAAGAUACUGCUGACCGCAGAGAUUCAUUGUUGCGAGGGUUUGAAUCGAUUGAUAUUAUCAAGAAUGGGUUGAUUACAAUAGACGAAGCUAGAGAGCGUUUAGAGUUGUACAAGACGAGGCUAAAUUCACCAUAUACUCUUGUGGAUAUUCCUUUUCAUGCAACUGUAGAAGAAUUAUCAGCCAAUCAGCCAUAUUUAUUUCUUGCUAUAAUGUCAGUGACAAAUACUGUAUAUACCAAGCCUAUAGAUAAAAAUGUUGCACUAUCAAUUGAUAAUGCAGCCAUACGAGCCAUAGUAUUGGAAGUUUUAGUAGCUGGCUCAAAGUCAGUUGAAUUAAUUAAAACUUUGUUGUUGCUAUGCUUAUGGUAUAAUACCCCAGAAUUAUUCAAAAACCGUCGUAACCACUUGUUAAAUACCCUUUCAGUUUCUUUGUUGCACGAUUUAGGAAUUGUUGGACGCCCACUGACUGAUUCUGAUGAUGAUACUACAGCAAUAACUGUGAAUGACGAGCAUUAUUCAAAAUCCGAUUAUCAACGUUUAAUUAUGACCUUAUAUUUCUCCACUGUUUGUAUCUGUUUAACAUUACGCAGAACGAUAUAUGUCAAGUGGACACCGCUUGUUGAAGAAUGUUGCUCAGUGCUAGAGAAAAGUCAAAGUCCCGGUGACGUCAGAAUUGGCUUAUUUCUGAGAUUAAGUAACCAGUUGGAGAAAAUAUAUAUUCUUGUUCAUCUGGUGGACUUUUCUGAUAGAAAGCCCACAUUUUCAAAAUACAUUAUUAGAGAUGUACAAAAUAAAUUGAACAAUAUUAAAGCCAAAAUUCCUAAAGGCGAACAUUCUUUCCUAGGUUAUUAUUAUACUGUCGAGGCCUACCUUUAUGAACCAAUAUUUGGUCAAAUAAUACCAGGUGACGUUCAAGAUUUAUCGGAGUUUGCCUUGAAUACUGAUUCAGUGAAAAACAUUAACUAUUGUACAACAUCUUGUUUGAAGGCACUAGAGGAAUUCAAUAAGAUGACGACGGAUGAUGUUGCGACGCUUCCAUUAUUUUAUGCGUCGAGAAUUAUAUAUGUUGUUGGUAUAUUAUUAAAAUUAAGAUACUUGGUUAUAUCAGUGCCCUCACUUCUGGAUGACUUAGUUCCCCAAAGCCUAAUUCUUACAAUUCAAAGGUUAACUAAUUUAUUUGAUCAAUCCUCCACCUUACAUCCUGUCAAUCAUAUACUAAAGAAGACUAGAUUAGUACUACAAUUGUUCAUUCAAGCAUAUGCAAGCCAAAUUCAGGAUUUGUAUAAAAAAGAAUCAGAUAAACUGCAAAAUGAUAGGACUGAUAUUGAAAGGUUAAGUAAAAUAUUCAAGAGAAAUGGUUCAGGACAUCUUCUUAAUGCCGAAUCUAAUGAUUCUUAUCAAUCCCAAGUUCCAUUAGAUAUCUUAUCAUAUGCAGCAUCAUUUAGAAAAGGAUUCCCCAAUGAUCAGAAUAUUCCUGAUCAUCGUCUAAGCCAGUCUGUACCACAAGCUCAAGGUCAAUCAUUAGCUAAUCAGUUCCCGCAUACGUACAGUUCUAGUGAUUUGAACUCAAGUGAUAGGAUGAAUAAUAUAAACUCUCAGUACAAUCAAAAUAUAAAUGCUAACCCAAUUCCCCAGUCUGCUGUGAAUAAUUUGGGUUCUCUUCUUAAUGACAAUUCAAUACGGACUAACGCGGGAUUCAACCAGCCACCUAAUGAUAUAAAUAUUGAUAAUUCUAACACCAAUGACGCAAAUAUUAACACAUCAUCUGGUAUGGUAAAUCUGGAUCAAUUGGAGAAUUUUUAUGAUGAAUUUUGGUCUGAUUUGAUUAAUACAGAUUCAGAUAAAUUUAAUUUUGGGAAUUAUUCGAACAACACCGCUCCCCUUUACGACGAAGUAUUUUUCAUGCCUUGA